CUCAUGGGGGCCCGCCACCCUUUUACACAGCGUUCCCUUCGGGAGGACAGUAUUCCAUCCUACAUACCAUCUUCUGUUAUCCCUUCGCCUCACACUACCUUUUCCUCUUCCACAAGCAAACGUUCCUUCUCUCUUUCUCAUCUGCUUGUAUUUGUACUUGCAACUGCUGGAUAUCCCCCAUUUUCCCUACAUCCCAAUGUGGUCGCUGCUGCUGUCACACCCACCUGGCGAGCAUUCCACGGAGCAGCCAUUGUCGAUACAUCCAUGAUCAUUUUCGGUGGCACAGUUGAUCCUAACGUAAAUCCGUUUGAUUCAACUGUUUCAGGAUCAAAUGACCUCUGGGUCUGGAGCACUACACUACGCCAGUGGUCACAGCCUAAACCCGAAGGAUCAAUCAAUCCUCCUAACCCUCAAAAGUUCCUGACGUCUGUCCCGCUGCAAUCUCAAGGAAAAAUGAUGGCAUUGAUUAGCAAUUCUACGACUGGAUCCACACAAACUGACCUUAUAAUCCUCGAUACUAAUUUUUGGACAUGGUCUAUUCCCAACUCACCAAAUGGAGCAUCAGCACCAGCAUCGAGGUUGGGCGCAGCAAUUGGUAUAUCUGACAAUACAGUGUAUGUGCACGGCGGGACUUCCUCCAACUCCAAUGGAUAUGCCGCCUCCUCCGGUGCCCUAAAUGACCUUAAUAAACUAGAUGAUAGUACGUUUGAGUGGACUUCUAUUGCUAACGGACCAGCACUCAUGUAUCAUACAAUGUGCAAACUUCCAGGGGUCAACAAGAUGGUUGUUUUUGGGGGGAGUGACACCGCCAGCAACGCUUUCAAUGAUGUACAUACAAUCGAUCUUGGCUUUGAGACCUGGAGUCUGAACGUCCGCGUCGAACCUGGUCUUGGAGGAGGUAUUCCCUCUGUCAGGAAAGGGCAUACAGCUGUGUGUUUAAAUAAUACCAUGGUAGUAUUCGGGGGUGGAGCGGAUGGACCACUUGACGAUGAUGUAUGGGUCAUGGAUGCCUCUAAAACGCAAUGGGUAUGGAACAGGAUGACAACUAAUAAACAAAUGGGUCCAGGGCCUAGGACAGGACACUCGGCGCUGCUGAAUGGGACCAAUAUUCUCAUCUGGGGUGGAUACGGCGCACCACUAGCUAGUGAUAUCAAUAUCUAUAUCCUGGAUACUCUGACCUGGCAAUGGAGCUCAUCCAAAGAGGUCCGGGGCAGUUCACCACCGCCAUCUACAGCUGUACCGAGUAACCCAACUAAUAGCAAAAACAAUUUGCCAGUAACUAUCGGUGUCGUCUGUGCAUGUAUCGCCUUGAUUGCUGCGUUCGUUGGGUUUCUAGUUUUCAGGAGGCGUGCAUCCAAAAAGGCUCAGGGUCAGGUAAAGCGAGCGAAGGAUAACGCCAGCUAUUUAUCUGAUGCAGAGCAAUAUCUCUCGAGGGAAAUGAGCCUGGAUGACAAGCCGGCCUAUUAUAAUCAGCAUUCAGGACGAGACUCUGGAUCUUCCCUUGGUGGUUGGCCUAGUACUGCUGGCAGAAAGAACAUCCCAUCUACUGCACAGGGAUACCCUAUGCGAUCCAUGUCGACACUUGGCCAACAGGCAGCAGCAACAGCAGCAGAUACUUCUACUGCAGCUGCUGAUGCUGGAUCCAGUUCUGAACAGGGUGCUGUCGUAGCAGAUACCACUCAAUCUCUGGCAAAGCAGUCACCAAAGCCAACUCAGUUGUCAAGGCAGAUAUCAUUGCAGGAUGUAGAUCAAAUAUCUCAGAGAACAGGUGUCCGAGUUGGAUCGAUUGCUUCUGAUCCCUUUUAUCCUGCUCAUCUUGCAGAGAACGAUGAGGAGGAUGCUGAUCGGUGGACGUUUGCAUCGUCGCUAUCAUUCGAUCAAAGAGAAAAGGUUGGGCCCAUUCCUACACUACGGUAUAUCCCUACACGUGGCUCGGGCAUGCCAGGAAUCCAAAGGUCCAUGGUGCAAUCCAGUGGGAACCUAGUACCAAGUUAUUCUGCGGCUAGGGGUGUACGACGGGAUGUGAGCGCUCCAUCCAUACUCUCUGGUAAAGCCUCGUCAAUCGGCGGCGCCCCGUCUAUCAUCCUCAAUCCAGCAGGACCCAACGCUCAGCCAUUAAGUCGGGAUGGAUCCAUUAUCAGCCCAAGGGAGGCAACGUUAUUUAACUCUGUGAGUCCACUGGACAGGGUCAGUUUGAUGUGCUCAGGAUUGGAUGUAGAAUCUCAGGUCUCAGGAGAGGAUGACCACUUAUCAACAACCCAUCUUCAUUCCAAAGGCGGCUUUCCACAGUGGCAAGACAGUUACCGACGUGAGAGCUGCAUUGGAGCAACGGUGGAGGAAGAAAUCGAAACCCAUGUUACACUGCAGAGAUCUGGAUCAUCUUCUACUGCCAACUCCUCAGGGGUUUAUACGACUUUGGAGCAUCCAGCUCUUGCAACAUUGAUCCAGAAUUUACCCGCCCGAUACUUGGUCUCUAAAUCUCCCAGCCCCAUUCAUGGAACUUUCAACGACAUCCUAUUUGCAGUUGAUUCCGAUACACAGCAGCCAAUUGUGAUCAAAUCAUUUUCAAGAAGAGAAGCCUGGGAGAGGGAAUGCAGGGUGCUAAAGAAAUUACGAGGGCCCUGUGUUGUUGAGUUGAAGCAUGUGGCAACUCUUGUUCUGUCUGAAACUGAUGACCCCAACAAACCCGCAACAAUUCGACUCACUAUUCUAGAACGCUUGGACGAGACUCUUGCACAGAUGUUGAAGAAUGCACGAAAAGCCAAAAAACUAGCGUUACGUGAACAGGCUGCGGGUGCACAAGGAGAGCAUUCAUUGGACUUGUCAGGCGCAGGAUUGUACAGAUCAGGACCUGCAUUGGAUGAGAGUUAUGUGAAGGACAUUGUGAAGGGCGUACUCCGUUGCUUGACCUGGUGUCAUUCCAAGAAGAUUGUCUAUUGUGAUUUGAAGCCGACCAACAUUAUGCGAAACCGGGAUGAUCCACGUCAGCAGUGGAAACUCAUUGACCUUGAGUCCUCCAGGACUGCAGAAGAAGAGCGGAUGAGUGUAGGUACUGUUCGGUAUUGUCCGCCUGAAGUAGCAAAAGCGACUGUUGCUGCAAAAGAGAGCACUGGUAAUUCAACAGCAGGAGUAACAGCGCACUACAGCAUGGAUCUCUGGGCAUUCGGAUGUCUUCUCUACGAGCUUUUUGCGACAAGACCAUUGAUCCCAAAGAAAGCAAAAGAUGAUGUGGUACUUCAUUUCUUGGCCCAUCCAUCUGUAGAUACACCGCCUUUAUCGAAUGGGCUAAGGUGGACAAACACUCAAGAGCUUGAGAUCCCUUACUUUGAAGAGGCUGUACGGAACAAGAGCGCUAGACAAUUGAUCCGCAUGCUCCUCCGUCCUGAUCCCAAGGACCGUGCUGUGAUGGAUGAGAUCUUGGACUCGGAGUACUUGAGCAGCGAAGCAGAAAAAAGAAUUUUAGGUCGAGUUAAUCAGAAAAACGUGGUGAUAACCUAAUACUACCAAAUGUACUUUUCUUUUCCUUCCUUUCCAAUUAUUAAUAUACCAAGGAUAGUCUAGUGAGCAACCAUCCACAUAUUUUCAAAAAGAAACCUUGCAUGUUAAAUGUGUCUUAUUUUAGUUUUCACGUACAGUCGCUGAGCUCAUAUUUAUGUGUCAUAC